AAUCCCUGGGCCACUAUACUGAAUUUUGAGUUAAUAUACUCCUGAUUUUUUGCUAAUUGUUUUACUUCUCUGAUGUGUAUCCUUCAACAAUCUGCUGUUUAGUUUGACUGGUUUUGAGAUGUACAUAUGUAGGACCAUACUGAAUAUGUGUUUUUAUGAUACUCCCCAUGAUGGCUGAUUCAUUGUGUCAACUUGAGUAAGAGAAGCUCAACUAAAUUGGCUCAGCAAUUCCACACCCACCCUAGGGCGGCUUGUGGCCUGGAAGGUAUAAAGGGGAAGUGAAGAAGGACGGAUCUGCUUGUGUUUCUUCCCAGGAGCUCCAGUCUUCGCCUUCACGUUGGAUGUCAUCUCCUGGCUUCCGGUGCAGACCCUUGAGCUUCCAUUGCAGACCCAUCGGCCUCCUGACGCAGAUUUGCAUGGGACACUGCAGUGAGUGCCAAACCUUCAAUGGAAUCCUUCAGUCUCCAGUGUGUAGACAGAGCCUCUCGACUCUUCCACAUCCAACUCUGUGGAUGACUAUUCACAGACUCAGAGACUUCAGUAUUAGAAGAAAUGUAAAGAUUAUCCAGCCUGUGGAUCCAUCAGAUGCCAGAGACACUGCGGACUACCCAAUCAAGUGAUUGACCAGUCUUAGCUUGAAGACCAGGGACAGAAGCUACCUCUACCUCCCAAGGCAACCCACUGAUCCUGGCCAGCUCUGACUGUCAGCAAGUCUUUUCUUACCCUGAUAUUCUUCAGUCUCUUCCUGAAUCUGACUGCCUAUAACUAUAUUAACAACCUAGAUCAACCUUGGUCCAAAUUGCCUAUUUAGGGCCGGGGAUUUAGCUCAGUGGCUCCACCACCUGCCUCGAAAGUACAAGGUCCCGAGUUUGAUCCCUGGUACCAAAAAAUAAAAAUAAAAAAGAUGCUACUGAAGGCAAGAAAAUCUAGAAUCCUGCCAUAGUCCUCUUUCUCUUAAAAACAAAAAACAAAAAACAAAAAAACAAAUUGCCUAAAGAGAAUCAGCCCUCCCCCAUAGUAUCUCAAAUGGAAACAUAACUGGCUUCCUUCAUCCACCCAUUCUAAAGACAUCAAUUAAGUGCUUACCUGUGUCUUGCAGGGGCUCAGCAACAGUGAUAUCUAUGAAAGAGGAAAUAAGAGGUGGAAGGAGAUAAAAGUGUUUACAAGAUCAAGUAAUCAUAGCAACAUAGGAACUAUGAGAGAGAGCUGUGGGAGAGCAUGCUGUAGCCAAACAGCAAGACUGGUCGGCAGUCCUAGGAGCCUCGUACCAGCUUGUCUUCACCUCAACCUGGAGGGCUGACCACAUCACCCUUCCAGGCCUGGGCUGCCGACAUGGUGACCCUUCCUUGGCUGUUCCUUCUCCUGCUGCUCCAGGAAGCCAAAGCAUACUCUGGAGAUGGUGUGGAGCCUGAGGAAGUAGUUGCAGCCCUUCAGGAGUCCAUCAGCCUCCCCCUGGAAAUAAUACCUGAUGAAGAAGUUGACAGCAUUGUCUGGUUCUCCCGGAAAAGACUUGCCACAGUGGUGCCAGGGAAAGGAUGUCCAAGUAGUGUCAUGAUGGUUGACCCUCACUACGAGGGCCGAGUGAGCUUUGGGGACCCCAGCUACUCUCUGCACAUCAGCAAUGUGAGCUGGGAGGACGCAGGGCCUUACCAGGCUCAAGUCAAUCUGCGGACAUCCCAGCUCUCUACCACAACACACUACAACCUACGCGUCUACCAUCCCGGCUACCCUGAGACUCCCUCAGUGUCCUCCUGCCUCCUAGCCAAGGGAUUGCUUCUUCUCGUGCUCUUGACAAGUCUGGCCGUGGGGCUCUGGGUCACCCGAGUUCAAAAAAAAGUGAAGUGCCAAGGACAAGGAGGCUCAAGAGGAACAGAAUUAAACUGAGGAAGAAGGGGAAGCCUGGCUUCAGCCCAGCCUGACUGCCCUUUGGGAACCUCCAUCUUGAGUUUUGCCUCUUCCUGGCCCACAGAGGGUCAAAGUUAAGUGCCCUCUGCCUAAAGGAGCUGUGUCUGUUCCUCAUCUCACUGGGCAACUCUGGCAGAUCCUGCUCCCUCCCUUCUCCCGGCCCAGCACCCAUCUCCAAGCCCACAGCUUUUUUAGGCCUGCCUUGUGGGGGCAGAGUGAGUGUAAGGACCCACUCAGAGUGAGGUAGGUUUUGCCCUUACUACACCCAUGCCAUACUCACCAUGUACUAAACUAUGUAUUUUAAAGGAGACCAGUGAAUGAGUCUUCUUAACCUAAUUAAACUUGCAAGUCUUAAAUGGGAGAAUUUCAGCCCCUUGACUUCUGCAUAAAAGAGAUAUUGUUCCUGAGACCCUUCUGCUCUUCUGCUCCCAUUCUCACUCUGGUGGAUAAAUUUAUUUAACGACUACACCUACCCCACCCUGGUCUAGAAGCCAUCCCAGGGAGUUGGGAAGGAUCCUACCUAGUUCAGUCCUGCUCUGGGUCAAAGUCUAACCUGGUGGCCUCUCAUCUCCCUGACACUAGCUGUUUCAGGUCUCUGGUGUCUACCCCAAGAGAGUGACAACUCUCCUGGAUCAGUAGCUGAGAUCUUGAACCCUUGACACCUGUUUGUGGUUGAUACUGCUGUCCUAUCUGUCCCUUUUCUGUAGAUUUCCAUAUCUCAGGUUUCUCCCUGGAAUUUUAUCUUGGGCUAAUGUCUGCUCUCUACCCCUGACACAUGCCCUCAAGUUCAUGUUCUUACUCUUUCCCUCAGCCAGUGAUUAAAACUAAUUCCUCCCCCA